CUCCGAUGUCCGCCGGGUCCCGGUGUGGGGCCUCGGCCCCGUCGCAGCCCCCUUACUCGUGCCGGGAGUGCGGGAAGUGCUUCCGCUGGUCCUCCCGCCUGGCCCAUCACCAGCGCAGCCACACGGGCGAGCGGCCCUACAAGUGCCCCGAGUGCCCCAAAGCCUUCAAGGGCUCCUCGGCCCUCCUCUACCACCAACGGGGCCACACGGGCGAGCGGCCCUACCCCUGCCCGCACUGCCCCAAGGCUUUCAAGCGCUCCUCCCUGCUCCAGACCCACCAACGCGUCCACACGGGGCUGCGCGCCUUCGAGUGCGCCCAAUGCGGGCUCACCUUCAAGUGGGCCUCCCAUUACCAGUACCACCAGCGGCAGCACACGGGCGAGCGGCCCUACCGCUGCGCCGAGUGCCCCAAGGCCUUCAAGAACUCGUCCAGCCUCCGGCGGCACCGGCAGCUGCACACGGGCGAGCGGCCCCACGCCUGCGGCGUCUGCGGCAAGGCCUUCGCGCAGCCCUCCAACCUGCGGCAGCACCAGCGCGUGCACACGGGCGAGCGCCCCUACGCCUGCCCCCAGUGCCCCAAGACCUUCACGCACUCCUCCAACCUCCUCCUGCACCGCCGCGCCCACGCCGCGCCCGCCCCCCACCAGUGCCCCCAGUGCCCGCUCCAGCCCCGUCUCCAGAGCCACGCUCCGGCCCCGCCGCCGCCAACCCCCGCCGCUGCCCCACAGCCCCCAUGGAGAUGCUCUUUGUGCCCGCUGAGCCUCAGCACCCACGAGGAGCUCCUGGGCCACCAAGGAGCCCACGGGGCGCCGGCGCCGCUGCCCCCUCUCCGCUGCCCCGCUUGCGCCAAGAGCUUCAAGAGCAGCGCGGCGCUGGCGCGGCACCGCCGCGGGCCCUACAAGUGCCCUAAAGCCUUGCCCCCGUUGACAACGGGGCUCUCGACGCACCCCCGCGACGGGGUGUCCGCCCCCGGCGCCCACCCUCCCCUCCUCCUCCCGGAGCGCCCGUACCGGUGCCCCGAGUGCGGCAAAGCCUUCAAGGGCUCCUCGGGGCUGCGGUACCACCUGCGGGACCACACGGGCGAGCGGCCCUACCCCUGCCCGCACUGCCCCAAGGCUUUCAAGCGCUCCUCCCUGCUCCAGAUCCACCAACGCGUCCACACGGGGCUGCGCGCCUUCGAGUGCGCCCAAUGCGGGCUCACCUUCAAGUGGGCCUCCCAUUACCAGUACCACCAGCGGCAGCACACGGGCGAGCGGCCCUACCGCUGCGCCGAGUGCCCCAAGGCCUUCAAGAACUCCUCCAGCCUCCGGCGGCACCGGCAGCUGCACACGGGCGAGCGGCCCCACGCCUGCGGCGUCUGCGGCAAGGCCUUCGCGCCCUCCAACCUGCGGCAGCACCAGCGCGUGCACACGGGCGAGCGCCCCUACGCCUGCCCCCAGUGCCCCAAGACCUUCACGCACUCCUCCAACCUCCGCCUCCACCGCCGCACCCACUCCGGCGCCCGGCCCCACCGCUGCCCUCUCUGCGCCAAAGCCUUCGCCGUCGCCUCCUACCUGCAGCGGCACCUCCGCACCCACGGCGCCGCCGCGCCGCCGCCAUGCCCCGCGCCCAGCCUCAACCGUCCUCCUCCUCUUGCAGGGGGGACCCGAGGCCUUCGCCUCGUCCCCAGCCCCACGGCGGCCCCCCACAACCUCCUGCUGCUGCCCGGCCCCACGGCGGAGCCCCGCGAGGGGGCCCCGUCGCGCGCCGUGCCCGUUGCCGCCCAGAGCAUCCUGGUGGUGCCGGGAGCGGGGGCCGGUCCAGGCGGUGGCCGGGGCUCCGGUGGGGACCGGUGUCGUCGUGCUAAGGGGUGGCAUCGGGGGGGAGCUGCCCCCGACGGCACCAAUGGGCAGCUCCAAGCCCUGGCUCAACCCUUGGAGGUGGCCAAUGGGCAGCUCCAAGCAUCUGAGCUCCAUGCAUCCGAGGUGGACAACAGCCAGCUCCAGGCUCUUCCACAGGCCCCCAAGGUGGCCACCAUCCAGCUCCAUGCAUCCGAGGUAGCCAAUGGCCAGCUCCAGGCUCUUCCACAGGCCCCCAAGGUGGCCACCAUCCAGCUCCAUGCAUCCGAGGUGGACAACAGCCAGCUCCAGGCUCUUCCACAGGCCCCCAAGGUGGCCACCAUCCAGCUCCAUGCAUCCGAGGUAGCCAAUGGCCAGCUCCAGGCUCUUCCACAGGCCCCCAAGGUGGCCACCAUCCAGCUCCAAGGCGCUGAGGUGACCAAUGGCCAGCUCCAAGGCAUGGAGGUGCCAAGUGUCCAGCUCCAAGCCCUACCGCCGCCGUUGGACGUCACCACCAUCCAGCUCCAAGCAUCCGAGGUGGCCAACGUCCAGCUCCAGGUCUUGCCACCACCAUUGGAUGUGGCCACCAUCCAGCUCCAAGCAUCUGAGGUGGCCAACGUCCACCUCCAAGGCCUACCACAGCCAUUGGAUGUCACCAGUAUCCAGCUCCAAGGCCCUGAGGUGGCCAAUGGCCAGCUCCGAGCUCUUCCGCAGGCCCCCAAGGUGGCCACCAUCCAGCUCCAAGCAUCCGAGGUGGCCAACGUCCAGCUCCAAGCCCUACCCCAGCCAUUGGAUGUCACCAGUGUCCAGCUCCAGGCCUUGCCACCACCAUUGGAUGUCACCAGCGUCCAGCUCCAAGGUGCUGAGGUGGCCAAUGGCCAGCUGCAGGCUCUUCCACAGGCCCCCAAGGUGGCCACCAUCCAGCUCCAGGCCAUGGAGGUGGCCAGUGUCCAGCUCCAGAGCACAGAGGUGCCCGGUGGCCGUCUGGAAGCCACCGAGAUGCCCAACAUCCAAGUCAAGACCGUUGAGGUACCCCACGUGCACGUAAAGACCCUGGAGGUGCCCAGUGUCCAACUGACGACCUUGGAGGUACCCAGUGCCCACCUCAAGACAUUGGAGGUGCCCAACAUCCAACUCAAGCCUAUGGAGGUGCCCAAUGCCCAACGCAAGACCAUGGAGGUACCCAGCAUCCAACUGAAGACCGUUGAGGUACCCAAUGUCCAAGUCAAGACCUUGGAGAUGCCCAAUGCCCAACUGAAGACAUUGGAGGUGCCCAACAUCCAACUCAAGCCCAUUGAGGUGCCCAGUGUGCAACUCAAGCCGAUUGAGGUGCCCAGCACCCAAUGCAAGACCAUGGAGGUACCCAGCAUCCAACUGAAGACCGUUGAGAUACCCAAUGUCCAACUCAAGACCUUGGAGAUGCCCAACAUCCAACUCAAGGCCAUUGAGGUCCCCAGCACCCAACUCAAGGCCGUGGAGAUGCCCAAUGCCCAACUCAAGACCAUUGAGGUACCCAACAUCCAACUGAAGACCGUUGAGGUGCCCAACGCCCAACUCAAGCCCAUUGAGGUGCCCAACGUCCAGCUGAAGACCGUUGAGGUACCCAACGUCCAACUGAAGACCAUGGAGAUGCCCAACACCCAGCUCAAGGCCAUUGAGGUCCCCAAUGCCCAACUCAAGGCCAUUGAGGUCCCCAACACCCAACUCAAGGCCAUUGAGGUCCCCAACACCCAACUCAAGGCCAUUGAGGUACCCAACACCCAACUCAAGAUCAUGGAGAUGCCCAAUGCCCAACUCAAGGCCAUUGAG